UGAGAAUGUACUCCAAGUACUAGGAUCUGAAUGCGGUAAUUAGAUUAAUGAAUGUUUAACCCUAAAUCACAUGUGUGGACGUAGAUAAAAAUAAAAUAUUUCGUAAUUUGUAAUCAACAACGUUGAUUUAUAACAUCAUAAACUGUCAUCCCGGAUAAUCCGGAGCAGAUAAAUCAUGCCCACGAUAAGUGUAAAACGUGAUUCGCUCUUUAAAGCACUUGGACAAACAUAUUCCGAUGAUGAGUUUCAAAAUUUGUGCUUUGCUUUUGGAUUGGAGCUCGAUGAAGUUACUACCGAACAACAAAUGAUUGCCAAAGAACAAGGAACAGAAUACACUAAAAAUGCAUCUGAAGAAAUAAUUUAUAAAAUAGAUGUACCCGCAAACAGAUACGAUCUAUUGUGUCUAGAAGGUUUAACCGCUGGUCUAUUAGUUUUUCUAGAAAAAUGCCCGCAACCACGUUACAAGCUUAUUUACCCACCAUCUCCAAAGAAGCUUGAAACAAUAACCGUAACAAACACGUGUAAGUACAUACGACCUUUUGUGGUUGGCGCAAUAUUACGAGGAGUAACAUUAACUAAGGAGUCAUACGAUAGCUUUAUAGACCUUCAAGAUAAGCUACAUCAAAAUAUAGGUAGAAAGCGGUCGUUGGUAUCGAUUGGAACCCACGAUCUAGAUACUAUCAAAGGCCCCUUUGUUUUUAAUGCUAAACCACCGCAGGAUAUUUGUUUCAAGCCUCUUAAUCAAGAUAAAGAGUAUACGGGUGUAGAAAUUAUGGAUUUAUAUGCCCAUCAUCCACAAUUGAAGCAGUAUUUACCAAUUAUUAAAGAUAGUCCACUCUAUCCAAUUGUUUAUGACAGCAAUGGUGUCGUAUUAUCAUUGCCACCAGUUAUUAACAGUGAUCAUUCAAAGAUUACUUUGAAUACAAAGAAUAUUUUGAUUGAAUGUACCAACACUGAUUUAACUAAGGCACAAAUUACAGUAGAUACAUUAGUAUGUGCCUUCAGCGAAUAUUGUAAAGAUAAAUAUACUGUUGAGCCAGUAGAAAUAGUUUAUGAAGAAACUAAACAAGUAUUUCGUUCACCGGAACUCAAAUAUCGUAUUAAUGAAAUAAAUUGCGACGACGCCUUAAAUUAUAUAGGAGUAAAGCAAACACCUAAGGAAGUAGCUAAAUUAUUGUCGAAAAUGUGUUUGAAGAGUGAAGUUAAGAAUGAUAAUAAAAUAGCUGUGGAAGUACCACCGACACGGCAUGAUGUUAUUCAUGCUUGCGAUAUUUAUGAAGACAUUGCUAUCGCUUGGGGAUACAAUAACAUCAUAAAGACAGUUCCUAAAACCCCGACGAUUGGCCAAGAGUUUCCUAUUAAUAAAUUGACUGAUCAUGUACGAUUUGAGUUAGCGCAGUGUGGAUUUACGGAAGCUCUAACGUUUGCUUUGUGCUCACGUGAAGACGUUUCUGAUAAAUUAGGCUGGAAUUUUGAUCAGAUACCAGCAGUUACUAUUUCGAAUCCCAAGACACUAGAGUUCCAGGUUGCGAGGACAACUUUACUGCCGGGUUUAUUGAAAACAAUUGUCGCUAAUAAGAAAAUGCCAUUGCCAUUGAAGUUAUUCGAAGUAUCUGAUGUUGUACUCCGGGAUCCCAAAGCUGAAUGCGGAGCUAGAAACCAGCGAAGGAUUUGUGCUGUCAAUUGCAAUAAAUCUGCUGGUUUUGAAAUAAUACAUGGACUUCUUGAUAGAGUUAUGCUGUUGCUCGAAGUACCUUGGAGUGUCGAUAAAACUAACAAUGGGUACUAUCUUGAAGCAAUUGAAGAUCCCACGUAUUUUCCUCAACGCUGCGCAAAUAUAAUAGUACAUGGAAAACCAAUCGGUAAAAUGGGUGUACUUCACCCAGACGUGUUACAUAAAUUUGAUCUUCAUCUUCCUUGCUCAGCCCUCGAAAUAAAUAUCGAACCAUUCUUAUAAUCAUAAUCAUAGUAUUUUGAUUAAACAAAAAGUUUGUACUAUUUUCCACAAAUAUAAUAUUAAAUAAAAAUAAAAUAAUUAUUCACAUUAAA